UCACAUGAUAAACCUUGUGAUACCAAAUUAGUACGAUGUACAUGAUGUAUAUUAAAAAGUAGUGUUAUCUCAACUUACUAUUGUUAUUUGAUAGUAACAUAACGGAGGUGUUUGGAAAUAUGCCUUCGGAUGUAAUAAAAUGUCCAGUGUGUCAUGCGAGCCAUGUCCCCGUAUCAUCGCCAUCGCCAUCGCCAUUUAGUGGCGUUCAAGCCUCUACGUGUGCCCAGUGUGGCCACUUCUUCAAGUUCCGGACACUUGGCCCAACAAAAUCAACCAUAUCACUUACGGUCAAUGGAAAACAAUAUACAGUUGGCACAGAAUAUGGACCAAGUACUGCCCUGAAUACGUUUCUGCGGGACCAGAGAAUUUCUGUGGGUACGAAACACAUGUGUUUUGCUGGCGGGUGUGGGUCUUGUCUGGUAGAAGCCAAACUGUUUGAACCGAUAACCGAGCAACGACUGAGCUACGCCGUUAACUCGUGCCUUGCGCCCCUAUAUUCAUGUGACGGGUGGGAGAUUCGAACCGUAGAACACAUUGGAAACCUACGAGAUGGACUUCAUCCCAUACAGAAACAAAUCGCCGACUACAACGGGUCUCAGUGUGGAUACUGUACACCUGGACAGGUCAUGAACAUGUUCGCUCUGAAAGAGUUUUAUGGAACUGGUCUAACUAAGAAACAAGUUGAAGAUUCUUUCGAUGGGGUGAUAUGUCGCUGUACAGGUUACCGUCCAAUCUUGGAUGCUUUUAAAGACAUGGCAAUUCCUCACAACAAGAAAUGCAACAACACUGUCGGUGAUAUUGAGGAUUUGAAGGGUAAAGUUUGCUCUCGCACGGGAAAGUCGUGCAUAGGUGAAUGCUCCUCCCAGCCGUCUGGAGCGAUGACCCACAUGGUGUUUGCAGAUACACAGUGGUUUAAACCAACAACAGAGAAAGACGUGACGGCCAUAUUGGAUGCCAACAAGGGCAAGAAAAUAAGGUUUCUGCUGGGGAACACUGCUAAAGGUAUUUAUAAUGACCAGAGUCCAGAUAAUUUUGAUGUCGUCCUGGACCUCACGGGAUUUAGGGAAAUGUAUGGUAUCUCGUUUGACUCGGAUAUCGUUCUUGGAGCUGGUCUAACCUUGACCCAUUUUGUGGACAUUUUUACAAGAAUGUCCGCAGCGGAAGACUAUUUCGGGGAAUGUGCAAACUUGCUUCAACGUGUUGCUAAUCUACCUGUCCGAAAUAGGGGGACAUGGGCGGGUAAUUUGGUCACGAAACACGUGCAUAGAGAGUUCCCAUCAGACGUUUUUGUUAUGUUUCACGUGCUUAAAGCACAGAUAUGGACUGGUUUCAUGGGUGAUUCUGUGGACAUUACGGACUUUCUUAAUACAGAUAUCAGUGGCAAGUUGAUUCUAGCUAUGAGCUACACAGACCUUGACAAAGAUGAUAUAAUCAAGUUUUAUAAAGUUGCUCAAAGAAAUCAGAAUGAUCACUCCUACGUGACUGGAGGUUUCAGGGUAAAACUAGACAAAACACAAGGCUUUCUGAUCAAAGAGCCGCCAGUGUUAGCGUUUGGGGGAAUUGGAGCUACCUUUGAUCGUGCAAGUAAGACAGAAGCAUAUUUGAAUGGAAAGAAUAUAGGAGAUGCAACAGUUUUUAAAACUGCCUUGGCAACUCUGGCAUCAGAAGUGGUAGUUGACAGUUCCCCGGUGUUAUCAAGUCCAGACUACAGGAAAAGUUUGGCUCUAUCCCUGUUCUAUAAGUUUGUAUUACACAUCGUUGGAGAUGAAGCUGGCAUGAAGUUCCGGUCAGCUACGUCACAACUAUAUUAUGAUAGACCUAUAUCGUCAGGUCAACAAUCAUAUGACACCAACAAAAUAGAAUGGCCAGUCACAGAACCUAUGAAGAAACUUGAAGCAAAUGCGCAGGCAUGUGGAGAAGCAGUUUAUGUAGAUGAUAUUCCAGCGUAUCCAGGGCAACUAGAAGCUGCUUUUGUAUUGAGCACAGUGGGCAGUGCCACUUUGGAGUCCAUUGAUUCUACGGACGCUUUGAAAAUCCCUGGAGUUAUUAGAGUUAUAACAGCCACAGAUAUACCUGGAGAUAACAACUGGUUUUUCCCCCCAUUUCAGCCGGAGGAGGUAAAUUUAUAAUCAUUUAUAAAAAUU